AUGAAGGCGCGGUCUGUGAGUGUGCUCGGAGGUGAGACAAGGGACAAGGAGGGAAAGAAUGUGACAUUUAGGGAGAUGGGCAAAAUGUUUGGAAUCGACUUCCAGAAGAAAUAUGGGAAGAGCUUGUUCUUUCUGGGAUGGCACGAGAUCCGGGAGACACUGUACGAGGCCUUGCCACCAGGUGUUGUGGAUUUCGGGCGAAGAUAUGCCAGCUAUGACGACCAGGGCGCUGAUGGAGUCAUUGUGAACUUCAAGGACGGCAGCAGCGUCCGAGCGCGGAUGCUGAUUGGCGCUGACGGCUAUUUCUCCAAAGUGCGGCGGCAGAUGCUGGAUGAUGGGCCGCCAGAGUUCACUGGCAACAUCAUGUGGCGCGCGCGGUUUCCCCUGCGCCAGGAAUUCUCCACAGAUCGCACCAGGUGGUGGAAAGAAAAUCUUGACAGUUUUGGCGGGCGCUUUGCUGUCAUCUUUCCUAUAGACAAGGACCAUGUCACGUUCGUGGCAAACGCCCCUGUAGAGCACCUACAUCGGCACAAUCUACCCUUCCAGGCCGACACAUCGAGGUCGGUGCAGGAGGAUGUGUAUGAGAAGGACAAUCUGCAGCGCUGCCUGACAGUCUUCCACGACUUUGAUGAGCGGCUGCUGGAGGUGCUGAGGGACACAGACCCCAGCACAGUCACAGAGCAUGGCCUCUAUGAGCGGCCGGUCGCCAAAAUGCCAGACGAGGGAUGGUGCAGGGGCAAUGUGACCAUCAUCGGCGAUGCAGCACAUGCCGGCCUGCCCAAUGGACAAGGCCUCAAUCUGGCCAUUGAAGAUGGUGCUGUAUUGGGGUGGCACGUGAGGGAAGGUGGUGUCACACCAGAGGCGCUGCAGAAAUUCAAUGCUGAGAGAGGCCCCCGAGUGCGCGAAGUCCUGACCAAGGGCUUGGACAACAACACGGGGCCGGAGAAGAUCAGGGUCAUCUAUGAGACCACCUUCCGGCCUGUGCAAGGUGACCGGCCAGGAGUGCAGGAGCACAGCGCAGCAGUGCCAGAGCCUGGCACUGCUGGCCAGCAAGUCUAUGCUGGCGUUCCUUUUCGGCAGUGGCUCUCCCCCAACGGCCAGUGGCGAGUCAGGCCCAUCAGGGAGGAAGAAGUGGGAGCAGUUGCGCGGUUGCAGGCGCAGGCUUUCCACGAGAGCAGCUCUUUUGCGCCGCUUGACUCCCUCCUGUACUAUGUCUUCCAGGGGGAGGUGUUGUCAGGGCUCCAGCAAAAAAUGAAGUACUCGCACAAGGACGGUUUCUGCUGUUUGGUCGCGUCGGCAGCCUCGGACCCCGACAAGAUUGUUGGCGUUGUGGAGGUAUCGCUUCAGGGCGAGAAGGAGGAGCUGAAUUGUCUGGCAGAGAAGGGCUUUGCAGAAGAGUCCUAUGCAUACGUUGCAUGCAUGGCAGUGGACAGGAACGCCAGGCGGGGUGGGGCUGCGAGCGCAUUGUUGGGUGCAGCGGAGCGGAUGGCGGGGAAGUGGCAGCAAAACUGGGUGCUGCUCCAUGUGUACGGCGACAACUUCCCCGGCAUCCGCCUGUACCAUAGAAACGGGUAUGCGGACCUGCAUAUAGACCCGGAGUGGUGGGGGUUCAUGGGACGGCGGCGGAGGGUGCUCAUGGCAAAGAGCGCCUCCGUGUUCUCUGUGGGCCGAUCUGUGCAGUCAAUCUCCACAAAUGUGCUCAAAAUGAUGCAGCAGCAGAGUUGGCAGGAACAGCAAGAGCAGGGACAGCUUUGA